CGAGAAUUGCGUCACGGAAGGCGCCGCCCGCUGAGAUACCUGAGCUCGGUGUGCCCCAGUCCCGGCCCUGCCCACAAGGCUCUGCCUCUGCUAAGGGAACGGCUCAGGGCUUGGAGCUGGGCGACGUCCCUCAGCGGCUGCUGGUGACGGGAGGAGCUGAGAGAGGGCCCUCAGGUGCCCGCCAGGAACGCGACCUGCUUGGAAGAGCUUAAGAGAAGAUGUUUCCUUUAAGAGAUAGUGAGAUGGGUGCUUCCACCUUCUUUGCCUCAGCUCUUCCACAUGAUGUUUGUGGAAGUAAUGGCCUUCCUCUGACACCCAACUCCAUCAAAAUCUUAGGGAGGUUUCAGAUCCUUAAAACAAUCACCCAUCCUAGGCUUUGCCAGUAUGUUGAUAUUACCAGAGGUAAACAUGAGAGACUGGUUGUGGCUGCUGAACACUGUGAAAAUAGUCUGGAAGAUUUGCUACGAGAGGGAAAACCAGUCAGUUCCUCAAGGAUUUUAUGCAUUGCAUAUGAGGUUUUGCAGGGUCUUCAGUAUAUGAACAAACAUGGAAUGGUCCACCGAGCACUCUCCCCUCGCAAUAUUCUUUUGGAUCGAAAGGGUCAUGUCAAGUUGGCUAAAUUUGGACUUUACCAUAUGACUGCUCAAGGUGUUGAUGUUGAUUUUCCUAUAGGGUACCCAUCGUAUCUGGCACCUGAAGUAAUUGCACAGGGAAUAGUCAAACCAAGUGAUCAUACUCAAAGUGAGAAGCCUCUGCCUUCUGGCCCUAAAUCAGAUCUCUGGUCUCUUGGCAUAAUACUAUUUGAGCUUUGUGUGGGGAGAAAAUUAUUCCAGACUUUGGAGAUAGCAGAAAGAUUAAAAUUUGUACUUGCUUUAGGCUAUGUGGAUGAUAUUGUAACUGUAUUAGCUGAAGAACACGGUUGCCUAGAUAUUAUUAAGGAUCUUCCUGAAAAUGUUGUAACUCUGCUGAAAAAAUGCCUUACAUUCCAACCUUCUAAGAGGCCAACUCCAGAGGAAUUGAUGCAUGACCAUUUGUUCAGUGAAGUAUCUUUGGCAUACCCUCCCUUUCACAAACCUGCUGGUCUCUUCUCAUCCUCUCCAAGGUGUGCUAACUUAACACUGCCUGAAGACAUAAGUCAGUUAUGCAAAGAUGAAGAUAAUGAUUACCUAGCAGAAAGAUCAAUUGAAGAGGUUUAUUAUCUCUGGUGUUUGGCUGGAGGAGACUUAGAGAAAGAACUUGUCAACAAGGAAAUCAUUCGAUCAAAACCACCUGUCUGCACACUUCCCAACUUUGUGUUAGAAGAUGGUGAAAGCUUUGGGCAAGGACGAGAUCGAAGUUCCCUUCUAGAUGACACAACUGUGACUUUGUCUCUGUGCCAGCUCCGAAAUAGACUGAAGGAUGUUGGUGGGGAAGCAUUUUAUCCAUUACUUGAAGAUGACCAGUCGACUUUACCUCAUUCAAAUAGCAGUAGUGAGCUGUCUGCAGCUGCCAAUCUACCUCUGAUCAUUCGGGAGAGGGACACAGAGUAUCAACUAAACAGAAUUGUUCUGUUUGACAGGCUGUUGAAGGCCUACCCAUAUAAGAAAAAUCAAAUCUGGAAAGAAGCCAGAGUUGACAUUCCUCCUCUGCUGAGAGGCAUAACCUGGGCUGCUCUGCUGGGUGUUGAGGGUGCCAUUCAAGCAAAAUAUGAUGCGAUUGAUAAAGACACACCAAUUCCUACAGACAGACAAAUUGAAGUUGAUAUUCCUCGUUGCCAUCAGUAUGAUGAAUUGCUGUCAUCACCAGAGGGUCAUGCAAAGUUUAGACGUGUAUUGAAGGCCUGGGUUGUUUCCCAUCCUGAUUUGGUGUACUGGCAAGGUCUUGAUUCUCUUUGUGCACCAUUCCUCUACUUGAAUUUUAACAAUGAAGCUCUGGCAUAUGCCUGCAUGUCUGCUUUUAUACCCAAGUAUUUGUAUAACUUCUUUCUGAAGGAUAAUUCUCAUGUUAUCCAAGAGUACCUAACAGUGUUUUCUCAGAUGAUUGCAUUCCAUGAUCCAGAGCUGAGCAACCACCUUAAUGAAAUUGGUUUUAUUCCUGAUCUCUAUGCUAUUCCAUGGUUUCUUACAAUGUUUACACAUGUCUUUCCUUUGCAUAAAAUUUUUCACUUGUGGGAUACAUUAUUGCUUGGAAAUUCCUCCUUCCCAUUCUGCAUAGGGGUGGCUAUACUUCAACAACUGAGGGAUCGUCUUCUCGCCAAUGGGUUCAACGAAUGCAUUCUCCUUUUUUCAGACUUACCAGAGAUUGACAUUGAGCGUUGUGUUCGUGAGUCAAUCAACCUGUUUCGCUGGACGCCAAAGAGUGCAACAUACCGGCAAUAUGCACAGCCUCCUCGACAAGCCAAUGAGAGCAAUGGCACAAGAAGUUCAAUGUCCUGCUUUUCUGUAGAUUAUCAGGAAGCACCUAGAGGUGACCUGUCUAGGGAUUCUAUCAAGUUGGAUGACCUGAAGGCAGAGGUGUCACCACGGAUUUCAGCGGAAGAUCUGAUUGAUCUUUGUGAAUUGACAGGACCAAGUCAUUCCAAAACACCUAUAAAGAAAACAAAGUCUAGCAAGCCAAAGUUGCUAGUGGUGGACAUCCGUAACAGUGAAGACUUUAACCGUGGCCACAUCUCUGGCAGCAUCAACGUCCCAUUUGCAUCAGCGUUUACUGCAGAAGGAGAUCUCAUCCAGUGCCCAGCAACUGCCACACUUCAGAGCUUUAAAGGAAGAGUUGUAGUGAUUGUAGGAAAUGCAGUGAAGAACACAGCUGCUUUUGCAGCUCAUCUGGUGAAGAACAAAUACCCACGGGUCUGCAUCCUAGAUGGAGGAAUCAACAAGAUCAAACCAACUGGUCUCCUCACUGUUCCUUCUCCACAAAUAUAAGUGACUGUAAAUGUUCAGGGUGAUUUGACUGAAUAGGCAAGUCUUACACUGCAGCGUCAAUAUUCUGAACCCAAAGGGCAUUACGGUGACUCUGUUAUACGAUUUCUAGAUGAUCAGUAUCUCCCCUUGCACAUCAAGAGCAAAGUUGUAUGAUUGUUCUUUGACAUAGAGACUCGUCUGCUACUGAUGAUAAAUGUGAAUCUUCCAGUUUUCCGAGAAACUUCUUUCAGUGGUGAUGUAGUGCAAAACUGGCUGAGCUCAUCCAAACUCAGUUAGCAUUCAGUAUUGUAGAAAUAUUUCUGCAGAAUGACAUAAACUGGCAACUGAUUGCCCUAAGCUGUACUUAAAUAGAUUGUUUUUCAAAAGUAUUUUACUGUGAAUAUUGAAAAUAAUGAGCUGAAAUUGUCACUUGUAUCAAAGAAAGAAAAGAUGUGUUCUCUCAUUUUAAAGUAUAAUUGCUGUAUCUUGUGACCUACUUUUUUUCUUACUUUUCUUAUUUUUUUUUUUUUAAAGCACUUUUCAUCUGGAUUGGAAAUAAAGAUAUGUCCUAGAUUGGAGAUUGCUGCAUGAGCUGCUGCUAAGUCAAUCCAAACUGCAUUGCAUAGUACAAAAAUGGAGAUUUGCUGCUAAGUGGAAAAUUUAACAUUGUUUCCUGAAGUGUGGCAAACAAAACUUAAACAAUUAUUGCCCCAGCAACAGAUUGACAACACUGUGUCUGUGACAAUGGAUUGGUUACUCCACAAAUAAUAAAGUUAGAAGCUCACACCCUAAAGAGAAAUAAUGCACUUUUGAUCUUCAUAUGAAAACGGCUUAGAGAAAUCUUUAAUGCAGGAAAAUCAGGUUGUUAUGUUACCUGUUGAGGGACAGGAUGUCUUGGAACUUAAUUUUUUCCCUAUUCUCACUUACUUUAGGUAAUAAGGAGCUCUUCCUGUUGUUUCUACAUUUUUCAAGUUUAAGCCUUGCACCAGCGUUUUCUAAUAAGCACUGAAACUUGGAGUAGAAAAUAUGAUUUGUAAAAAGCCUGGUUACAGUUGUCUUUUUGUUUUCAUUAUGAGAUUAACAAAGAGCAUGGUGUCAACCAAAAACUGUGAGACAGUACUUUAGUUAAUACAACUUCACUGUGAGAAUAAUGAAGACCUGCCCUGAGUGAGAUGGCUGGUUAUCAUACACCUUAGUUGAGGAUUUUCUGUCACGACUGGUUUAUUGAUUUGCAAAUAAGAACGCUACAUUAACUUUAUUUCAUUUUAAUUUGUCACAAAAGAUUUCCAAGGCAAAACAGUUGUGAAAGGAGAGAAGAGGUCACAGAGGAGGCUGUGAACUCAGGUCAUGAACGUUCUCUUUAGAUCACAAGCAAAGUGAUUACUGGUUUUUAUACUUUCUGUUAUUUUGUAUAACUGAUACCAUAGAAUAUGAGGUCUUCUGGAAGGUGUUGAGAGAAGUCUUGUUUUCUUCUGUUCUAUGACCAGAAGAUUUUAAUCUGAACCUUCAGAAGCUAAUCUCUCUGGAGUUGGUGCUGUCUCCAGGGAGAUUUAGUCUUACCACAGCUGUUCCUUUGCAAACCUUAGAAGAAAAGUAUGAUGAGUGAAAAGAAUGGUGGGAAAGAACCCACUAUUUACCUCUCUUUGUCUUCUUUGUCUUGGCUGCAAUUUGUUGUGUUUUUUUUUUUUUAAAAAAAAAAAAAAAAAAAAGUGGAAUUACAGUAUGUGUAUGGACUUUCUUAAGUCUAGGGGCAGCAUCGUAUCCUAAAACUUUCAAGUUUUUAUUCUUCAAAGAUCUUAGAUCCUUGGUAGAGUGACUGGAUAAAAAGGUCAGAAGACAAACCUAGGGGACAGCUGAUCACAUUUCUAUGUCAGCAAAAGCUUUUUACAAGAAUGUCUGGUAGGGCCUUUUGUGCUUGUUUAACUUUAGAAGUGAUGUGAAAACAGGAGAAGUGGAUAGAACAAAAGCAUCAAAUUGAUCAAGCUUUUGGCUGCUUGGAGAAAGAAAAACACUUUGCAGUGCUUAGUGACAGAAAAUAAGUAUGGAAGUGUACACGUGGGGCCCUGGAGAACCAGGUUUAACCAUAGACUGUGGUGAAUUCAUUGAUAGAUACCUUCUCAAAUGCUUAACUGCAACUGGAAAACUUACCCACAGUACUGGUGACUGUAAUGAAGGGAAUGAACAAAACAAGUUACUCCAUCACAGAAAUAAACUUCAUGGUCCAUUUUAAAUAUAGCACAGUGCUGUUAUAAUUAAAAAAACAAGCACACACACACACACAAAAACAACUAUGCAAUACAAAACAGUCAGAAUAAGAUCAUCGUCUUCUAAAAAGAGGCAACCAAUGCAGAACAUUUCUCUGUUUUCAUGAAAUUACAUCCGUAAUUGUGGAGUUUGUUGCCAGAAGAGACUGAGUCUUGGCCUAUUAAACAUGAUGUUUUAUAAACAGACUUCAACUCAAGGAAUUUUUGAUCUGUUGAUUCACUGAGACAGAGAGAAUAUGCCAGAAUAAGAUUUCACACUGUUUCUUGCAUUACUUUUUCAAGCAUCUGACUUUAAGAAAUAUGGGAUGUACCUAGUACAGUACAUGUGACUUUAUAUUUAUUAAAUAGAUUAUACUAUAUACAUGUAAAGCGUAACAUUUUAUUGUAUGUCUUAAUAUAUGUAUAAUCAUAUAAAAAGUAUGUUUACA